UAGAGCCAGCAUUGUAGAGAAGCAGGAGUGAUUCGGAGCUCACAGGGUGUGUGGACUCCUACAAUUAGUUUAAACAUGGCCGGGACCAUACAAGAGAUCUUGCCACAGAACUUCGCCUAUGUGAUUUUGACCUUCUUCUACAGCUACGUCAUGAUAAUGUAUCUCGGGAUAAGCGUGGGAAGGGCAAGGAAGAAGUAUGGAAUUAAGUAUCCACAGAUGUACUCGGACAAAGACAACAUUUUUAACUGUAUCCAGAGGGCACAUCAGAAUACUCUGGAAGUGUACCCUGUGUGGAUACUCUUCCAGCUGAUUGCUGGCCUUGCUUUCCCAUUAUCUGCUUCUGUUCUUGGAGUGAUUUGGGUGACAAGCCGCUUUUCCUAUGCCUGGGGAUAUUACACUGGAGACCCAGAGAAGAGGCUUAAAGGAGCUUAUGGAUACAUUGGAUUGUUUGGCGUCAUACUCCAGUCUCUAGCUGUUGCCCUUCAACUUCUGAAUAUUAUCUGAUAAUAUCUGCUAUGUUUUAAUAACUUUUUAUUGUUCCUUGGAAAUUAUUAUUGCUUUAUAGUAAUGUCCGCGUUGAAACAUAGCUUGGGUAUGCUUAUCUACCCUCACAA